AUGCAGAUUGGGUGUGGGAGUGUGCUAUUUCUGCGGGCAACCCAGAACCUGGCUUGGAGCUGCCUAGAAAAGAAGAAAUAUGAGACUGACAGGGUGCAGCAGCCAAGGAGAGUAUAUACUACUUCUGCAGCUGGUGCUGAGGGGUCAGAGACACUGAUUAGAGGUAACUGUGAUAUAGCCGGUAAAGUUUUAAGUGUAUUGUUUGAUUCUGGAGCAACUCAUUCAUUCAUUGCAUUUGAAAAGGCUGAUGAGUUAGGAUUGAAAAUAGUGGUCUUGGGAUAUGAUUUAAAGGUGUAUAAUGCUACCCAUGAAACUAUGGUGACUAGGUUAAGAUGUCCACAAGUUCCGUUUCAAGUACAACAACAUGAAUUCGUGCAUAAUCUGAUUUGUCUACCGAUGACUGGUCUUGAUCUCAUUCUGGGGUUGGACUGGUUAUCUAAGAACCAUGUUCUGCUCGACUGUUCUGAGAAAUCAGUGUGCUUUAUGCCGGAAGACACGGAAGGGCCAGUUGUGGCAAAUAGCUAUUACUUGAACUCUAUGAUGAUGAAUUGUUCUGGGACUGAAUAUCAGGGUAUUAUGUUAUUAACUGUGGGUAUUUCGGGUGAUGAUUAA